CUCCUAUAAUAUUCUGAUUUAACUUUUACCUCUAUAUUAAAAAGAAGUUUAAACUGUCAGUAUUAACUACUUGAACAAGUCUUUGUUUUAAUUUUAAUAUUUGAGUGAGAUCAGUUCAAGAUUCAAGAACAGAGAGCUUCUUGUUUUUAUUUUAUUUAUGUAAAGUAUAACAGCAUAAUGAUUAUCAAGAAAAGUGUUCAUUGUUUAAUUAUAUUAAGUUUUCUGUAUUGUUGUGUGAAUUCUACUGACACCAGUACAAAUGACAACAAUGAUGUAUGGGAUACUGCAGACGAUGGUGUAUUUGGACCAUUGUUGGAAAAAUAUACUUUGUCAUAUGAAAACUAUAACUUAAGGGAAGGAAAAGUCUUGCACAUUCCAAAAACAGAAGGUGGAUUUGUUGCAUCACGAAUAACAAUAUUAAAUGAUACUAGACCUGGUAAAAUUGUAAAUCGUCCAAUCCCAACGGUGAUGAAACCACAAAUUCCAAAUAAUCCAAACAAUCCAGUAAGUGUACAAUCCCCGGGACGUGAAGUUAGUGAAACUGAUUUGUAUUUAUUGAGUGCGUUCGAAAAAAUGGCCUAUAAAGUUGAUAUUAUGGAAAAACGUUUACGGCAUGUAGAAGAAAUUAUGUAUUCGGUUGUAGCUGGAAAUAAAAUUGAUACAGAGCCUUGCCCGCUUAAUUUUACUCGGGCUGGUGAAGGAUGCUACUAUUUUGGAGAAAGAAAAUUUGAUUGGCAAGUAGCUAAUAAAUACUGUAAAAGAAUGGGUGCAUCUCUUGUAGAAUUUGAAACAAUUGAAGAACGUGAAAGCGUCAUUUCGUAUAUUCAAUCUUGGAGUUAUUUUAAAGGACGAGAUUUUUGGACCUCGGGAUUAAACCCUGGUUUAUUAUGGAUAUGGAGUGGUUCAGCUAAACCAGUAAUGAACAAACCAAAUUCGAGUGAAAUUAGAGGUUCUGGUCGAUGUCUGGGUGUUGUUUAUGAUCCUUCAUAUCGUCGAUACAAUUACCGAGGUGUAGAUUGUUCGAUGCCACAAUAUUUUAUUUGCGAGCAGGAAGAUAAAACACUCAGUAAUGGAAUUUCUAGAUUAGCGAAACAAUUAAAUUAAUUACAACAGUUAUUUAAAGUAUACAAUGUGUCGCAAACAAUUCGUAAAACCGCUCUGAAAUCCAAAAUGUUUUAUUUUGAAUUUUUUCAAGGAGAGUAGCGGGUGCUCAUACAUCUGGUUCAUAUACUGUAGGAAGUGAAGCGUUUAAAAUUGCAAUUCUAAAGAAUCUAUAAUAUCUAUAUCUAUAAGAG